UCUUCCAAACCCAACAUUAAGAUUUCCAAAGCGAUCAUAUUAUUCCAAUCCCAAACACUCACAAAGAGAAAACCUCUGUUUUUUUUGUUGCUGUGAAUUUCGAACUUCAAGUUUGCUUCGAUGGCGGCCAAGACUGAAGGAAAAGCAAUAGGCAUCGACCUCGGCACCACCUACAGCUGCGUCGGGGUGUGGCAGAACGACCGCGUCGAGAUCAUCGCCAAUGACCAGGGCAACCGCACCACUCCGUCCUACGUGGCGUUCACCGACACCGAGCGGCUGAUCGGUGAUGCGGCCAAGAACCAAGUCGCCAUGAACCCGAAGAACACCGUCUUCGACGCCAAGCGUCUGAUCGGUCGGAGAUUCUCCGACCCGUCUGUACAAGCCGACAUGAAGCUCUGGCCUUUUAAGGUCAUACCCGGCCCCGGCGACAAGCCCAUGAUCGUCGUCCACUAUAAAAACGAAGAGAAGCAGUUCUCGGCGGAGGAGAUUUCCUCCAUGGUGCUGACGAAGAUGAAGGAGAUUGCUGAGGCCUUUUUGGGUCAGACUAUCAAGAACGCCGUGGUGACUGUUCCUGCUUAUUUCAACGACUCCCAAAGACAGGCCACCAAGGACGCCGGAGUUAUAUCCGGCCUCAAUGUGAUGCGAAUCAUUAACGAGCCGACGGCUGCUGCUAUAGCAUAUGGUCUGGACAAGAAGGCCUCACGGAAAGGUGAGCAGAAUGUUCUGAUUUUCGAUCUCGGCGGUGGUACUUUUGAUGUGUCACUUCUGACUAUUGAGGAGGGGAUUUUCGAAGUCAAGGCCACCGCCGGUGACACUCAUCUGGGCGGUGAGGACUUCGAUAAUCGUAUGGUAAAUCAUUUCGUGGCGGAGUUUAGGAGGAAGCAUAAGAAGGAUAUCAGUGGGAAUGCUAGAGCUCUGAGGAGGCUGAGGACUGCUUGCGAGAGGGCCAAGAGGACUCUGUCUUCGACUUCUCAGACCACAAUUGAGAUCGAUUCUCUUUACGAAGGAAUCGAUUUCUACUCGACGAUCACGAGGGCCAGGUUCGAGGAGCUGAACAUGGACUUGUUCAGGAAGUGUAUGGAGCCGGUGGAGAAGUGUCUGAGGGAUGCGAAGAUCGACAAGAGCCAGAUUCACGACGUUGUUUUGGUGGGUGGCUCGACUAGGAUUCCCAAGGUUCAGCAGCUUCUGCAGGACUUCUUCAAUGGGAAGGAACUUUGCAAGAGUAUUAACCCGGAUGAGGCUGUGGCUUAUGGCGCUGCGGUUCAGGCUGCGAUUUUGACCGGUGAAGGUGAUCAGAAGGUUCAGGAUCUUUUGUUGCUUGAUGUCACUCCUCUCAGUCUUGGGCUUGAGACAGCUGGUGGUGUGAUGACCACUUUGAUUCCGAGGAACACGACUAUUCCAACCAAGAAGGAGCAGAUCUUCUCUACUUAUUCGGAUAACCAGCCCGGGGUUUUGAUCCAAGUUUAUGAAGGAGAGAGGGCCAGGACCAAGGACAACAAUCUCUUGGGGAAAUUCGAGCUGACUGGCAUUCCACCAGCUCCUAGAGGUGUGCCUCAGAUCAAUGUCUGCUUCGAUAUUGAUGCUAAUGGUAUCUUGAAUGUCUCGGCUGAGGACAAGACUGCUGGAGUGAAGAACAAGAUCACGAUCACCAAUGACAAGGGAAGGCUGAGCAAGGAGGAAAUAGAGAAGAUGGUGCAGGAUGCAGAGAGGUACAAGGCGGAGGACGAGGAGGUGAAGAAGAAGGUGGAUGCUAAGAAUUCUUUGGAGAAUUAUGCUUACAAUAUGAGGAAUACUAUCAAGGAUGACAAGAUUGCAGGGAAAUUGGAUCCUUCAGAUAAGCAAAGGAUCGAGAAGGCUGUGGAGGAGGCUAUUCAGUGGCUGGAGGGGAACCAAUUGGCCGAGGUGGAUGAGUUGGAGGACAAGCAGAAAGAGUUGGAGGGGAUUUGCAAUCCCAUUAUUGCUAAGAUGUAUCAGGGUGCUGGUGGUGCAGGAGGUAUGCCACCUAUGGGGGAUGACAUGCCUGGUGCUGGUUCUGGUUCUAGUUCUGCAACUGGAGCUGGCCCAAAAAUCGAAGAGGUUGAUUAAGCUGGAAAAUGUGCGAGGAUGGGUCGUUCUAUUUAGCUUUUGGGUUUAUGAAUGUAAUUCUUCUUUUUGGGUUUAGCUUGUAACUUUGCAAGCAUGGGCUUCUUUUUUGUGUCUGGGGGUCUUGGGUUAAAUCAAAAGCCAUGGUAGUAUGUAUUGUAUAAGAGUAUCUAGUAGUUGUGUUCAAUAAAGAGUUUAGUUUUCUUCUGUAAGAA